AUGAUGACGGUUCGGGAACAGCAUCGAAUGGGUCUUUUCACAAAGAAUGAUAUAGCAGUUAGCGUCAGAACAGUCGGAUCAGCGCAGCGGUGGAAGGUAUCAAAACUUUUAAUGAUCGUUAAAUUAGUUUCACAGUUCUUUUUUUCGAAAGUUGAAAAACGUUCUAAGCAGUGUGCCGAAGAAAUGCAUUUGCAGGCUUUGGGAUACUCCAAUAUUUACACAUCGAAUGUUGCUCUUCUGCAAGAACAUGGUCAAGGUUUAGUCAUUCUUUCGGUGAAGCCACACAUGCGUAGCGCUGUGUUCCAGGAAGUGGAUGGCAGAAUUUGGGCUGGCAUCCCUCUUAUCGUCUCACUUAUGAGUGGCGUUGAUUUAGCGACACUGGAAGAGGAGGCUUCCCAGAAAUACUAUGAGCAUGGAAUAAUACGUCUUAUGCCGAACAUUCCUGUCGGUGUGUGUACCGGAGCAACUGUCAUGUGUGCCAGUUCGUCGAUGCCAGCUGCAAAGAUUGCACUGGUGAAGUUCAUUAUGGAGCAUGUUGGCACAUGCGUUAUGAUGAGCGAGCAAGCGUUCAAUGCGGCAACAGCAGUCGUCGGGUGUGGGCCUGCUUUUGCAAGUUUUUUUCUGUACCAUCCUUUGCCAUAG